AUGCAAGCGGUGACUCACACCGGGCUACUUGAUGUGAUGACGCGACGAGACGAGCGCGUACUGUUCCAGGUGGGGGUGCAGCCGCCUGCCCGCGCCGUGUGCCAGCGGCUCGUCAAGCCCCGCCCUUCGGUCUACCUCGUCGUACCUCCGCUCGAGGACCCAUCUUCUUCUUCUUCUUCUUCGUCUUCUUCAUCUUCGUCGUCGUCGGCCGAGGGCGAGUCCCUGAGGCGCCUCUACGCUGCGCUGGACUCGACUAGGCCGAGCGGGGGCGUGUUCGUGGUGGCCUCGGUCGUGAGGCUCGACAGCGGCGCCCCCCUGCCGCGCGGCGUCGAUGGCCAGUCCACGGUGCGGCUAGAGAAGGUGUAA